AUGCCGCAGUCCCACGUGGUCUCAGGAUACGUGGGCAACAAGAGUGCUACACUACCGCUGCAGCUGCUGGGGUUUGAUGUCGACCCCAUCAUGUCGGUGCAGUUCUCCAACCACACGGGCUACCCAACAAUCCGCGGCAAGGCCUUUGAUGGCGACCACCUCAGAGAGCUGCUAGAGGGGCUGGAGUCGAACGGCCUCAUCCGCCACACCCACUUGCUCACUGGCUACAUCGGCACCCUCAGCACCCUAGAGGCCAUCGCCGCCGUCGCGCGCACCCUGCGCGCCGCCAACCCCGACCUCACCUACGUGUGUGACCCCGUGCUGGGUGACGAGGGCAAGUGCUACGUCAGCGAGGAGCUGGUGGGAGCCUACAGAUCGACCAUCCUGCCGCUGGCGUCGGUGCUGACGCCCAACCAAUUUGAGGCGGAGCUGCUGACCGGGCGGGCCAUCACCGACGAGGCCUCAGCGCUGGCCGUCUGCGACGCGCUGCACGCCAUGGGCCCGCACACUGUGAUCAUAACCAGCAUGGAAGCGAGCAGCAGCAGCAGCGCCAGCAGCGCCCCGGCCGCCGCCGCGGGUGACAGCAGCGGCGCGACAGGAGGGGAGCAGGACGACCCCUGGACCAGGGGCGGCGCGGCGCUGCUGCCGGGGCGGCACAUCACGCUCGUCGCGUCGACGCAACGGGAGCAGCUCCCCGGGCGGCCCUCGGCGUUCCGCAGCUGCCGCCCUGCUUUCUAUAUUCCCCCCACAUCAUCAGCUGGGAUCCUCGGCGACUUGCUGGCGGCGCUGCUGCUGGCGUGGGCCCACCGCCACCCUGCUGACCUGGCAACCGCCGUGGAGACGGCCCUUGCGGGGCUGCAGGGCGUCCUGCGCGUGACGUCAGCAGCGGUCGCGGCCGAGGAGCGCGCCGCGGCGGCGGCGCUGGCAGCCAGCGCAGACGCUGACGGGCCUCCGGGGCAGGGGCUGCUGUCGAGCCGGGAGCGGUCCGCGGCGGUGUUUCGGGCCAAGGAGCUGCGGCUGGUGCAGGCGCAGGCGGAGGUGGUGACGCCGCGGGUUGAGCUGCGGGCUGAGCCGCUGCUGCGGUGA